UUUCAGUCUGAAGAAGACAAAGCUUUGCAAGAUGAAUUGAAUGUUUAUAUUCAAGUGCUUACUGAAGAUAAACAGGAGCUGUAUUUACCUACUCUCAACCAAUUGCGUGUCAAAAUACGAGCCUCUACUACUUCGAUGACAUCAGUGCCAAAACCAUUGAAAUUCCUUAGGCCUCAUUAUCCCACCUUGAAGACAUUAUAUGAAAAAUUUCCUGAUGGGGAAGCUAAGAGAUUUUGUGCAGAUAUUAUUUCGAUUUUGGCAAUGACAAUAAGUGAAGAUAGAGAAUGUCUCAAAUAUCGCCUGCGUGGAUCACAAGAAGAAAUUGGCUCUUGGGGGCAUGAAUAUGUUAGGCAUUUGUCCGGUGAAAUUGCGCAAGAAUGGAUGAGUGUGAGUGAUGAUAACUUAGCGUACAAAAAGCAGCUUUUAGAUCUAGCUGAGCAAAUAGUACCAUACCAUAUGGCUCAUAAUGCUGAAGCUGAAGCUUGUGAUCUGGUUAUGGAGAUUGAACGACUCGAUAUGCUUGACCAGUAUGUGGAUGAAGAUGCUUUCCCUCGUGUAGCUUUGUAUUUGACGAGUUGUGUUCCAUAUGUUUCGGAACCUGAGAACACCAAUCUGUUGAAAUGUGCUCUGCAGCUCUUCCGAAAAUUCAAUCGUUAUCCUGAAGCUUUACGUGUGGCUAUGCAGUUAAAUGAUAUUGCUCUGAUUGAAGAGAUAUUUUUAUCUUGCAAGGACAGUUCAAUUCAGAAACAGAUGGCAUUCAUGUUAAAUCGUCAGCAAAUUUAUUUAGAGCUUGAAGGUGAUGACAAUUCUGAGUUGACUGAUAUCAUGACUAAUGCUCAUUUAAAUAAUCACUUCCUGGCUUUAGGAAGAGAGCUUGAUAUUCUUGAACCUAAAACUCCUGAUGAUAUUUACAAAACCCACCUUGAUAAUACAAGGCCAUCAUUUGGUCCCAGUGGAAGUGUUGAUUCAGCGAAACAGAAUUUGGCUUCAAGUUUUGUGAAUGGGUUUGUAAAUGCUGCAUUUGGCCAGGAUAAACUUUUAAUGGAAGAUGGCCAGAAAUGGUUAUAUAAGAACAGAGAACACGGUAUGCUGAGUGCAACAGCUUCGCUUGGAUUAAUCCUAUUGUGGGAUAUUGAUGGAGGUUUAGGACAAAUUGAUAAAUACCUCUAUUCUUCUGAAGAAUAUAUAAAGGCAGGUGGCCUUUUAGCAUGUGGAAUAGUUAAUUGUGGUGUAAGAAGUGACUGUGAUCCUGCUCUUGCACUUCUUGGUGAUUAUGUUCAGCAUAACAGCAUGGUAAUGAGGACUGGUGCUGUAAUAGGAAUGGGAAUUGCAUAUGCUGGUACUAACAGAGACAAUGUUUUGUCUUUAUUGAUUCCUGUCAUUAGUGAUUCAAAAUCAAAUAUGGAAGUUGUAGGGCUUUCAGCUUUAGCAUGUGGUAUGAUUGCUGUUGGAUCAUGCAAUGAAGCUGUUACUUCAGCCAUUAUCCAAGUAUUACAUGAGAAAAGUGAAGCAGAUUUAAAGGACACAUUUGCUCGUUUCCUGCCACUUGCAUUGGGGCUUUGCUACUUAGGAAAGCAAGAAGGAGCAGAUGCAAUUAUCGCAGCACUUGAAGUGUUGAAUGAGCCUUUUAAAAGCAUGGCAAAAACAAUGGUUGAUAUUUGUGCCUAUGCAGGUGAGUCAACUCCUCUGAUAAAAAAAACGAAAAAGAAAACUUGAAAAACGAUAAUUAGA